CUGUGUGUGUUUGUUCUCCAAUGGCGAACCUUCCUCAAGGCUUGUCCCUCAACACGCCCUUCGGCUCUCCGCCUCCGUCCUCGCCCAUCGCCGCCGGCACCCCUCAGCCCGGAAAGGAACGGAAGAUGGCUUCCGCGGAGCAGCUUGUCCUUGACCUCUGUGAUCCCGAGCUCCGGGAGAACGCCCUUCUCGAUCUAUCAAAGAAAAGAGAGAUAUUUCAAGAUUUGGCUCCAUUGUUAUGGCAUUCUUUUGGGACCAUUGCAGCACUUCUUCAGGAAAUCGUUUCAAUAUACCCAGCUCUGUCACCUCCGACUUUGACUCCAGUUGCAUCAAAUCGUGUUUGCAAUGCCCUUGCUCUCCUCCAGUGUGUCGCCUCUCACCCAGAUACCAGGAUACUUUUCCUUAAUGCACACAUUCCCUUAUACCUAUAUCCAUUCCUGAAUACAACAAGCAAAACACGACCAUUUGAGUAUUUGAGGCUCACAAGCUUGGGAGUUAUUGGUGCUCUUGUGAAGGUUGAUGAUACUGAAGUGAUCAGUUUCCUUCUCCAGACUGAAAUAAUUCCUCUAUGUCUGCGCACAAUGGAGAUGGGUAGUGAACUUUCAAAAACAGUGGCUACAUUUAUUGUUCAAAAAAUCCUUUUAGACGACAUUGGUCUCCGCUACAUCUGUGCUACCGCAGAGCGGUUCUACGCUGUAGGCAGUGUGCUUGCAACUAUGGUUGCAACUCUCGCCGAACAACCAUCAACAAGACUACUGAAACACAUAAUCCGGUGUUAUCUGAGGCUUUCUGAUAAUCAGAGGGCAUGCGAAGCUUUGCAGAAUUGCCUUCCGGAUAUGUUGAAGGAUGGAACAUUUAACAAUUGCCUUCGCGAUGAUCCUGCAACGCGGAGAUGGCUACAGCAACUGCUGCACAAUGUGGCAAUGGGAAGCCCAGUUCCGGUGGGGAUGCAAACGGCGAGGCUCGAUCAUAUGAUGGGCAAUUAAAUUAGUCGUUUUUUUGUCGUCGGUCUAACCUACAUGUUUGUGUUAUAUAAGUUAAUUCGUCGCAUAUCUCUAACUGCAACACUCUAUGUACCAUUACAAGAAUGUGGUAAAAGGUUGAUAUAACUGAGCUUUGCUAUCUUAUGUUGUAGUAUGAAAGGUUGAGACUGUUCAAAGGAACAAGGAAUUUUAGGGUUUGUUUGUUCAUGUAUUUAUGAAGGCUCUUUUUUAAAACA